CCCCGGCGGUGUCGUGGCGGCCGGUGUUGAGUUGGCAGGACUGGCCCACGAAACUGAGCAAAGUCGGUAAAGCUGAGAGAGAAGCGGUCAGGCCCCGCGGCGGGAGGCCGUGGGACUGAGCAGGGGCCCCGCGGGGGCCGCAGUGUUCGCAGUGGUGAAGCCGCGGUGAAGCGCCAGGCAGGGCCGCGGCUGUUUGACGCCGCGGCUGGUGGGAGUGCCGCGUCCUCCUAGUCCUAGGCGUCUGGAUCCCGACCAGCUUUGUCGUUCAGGGACAUCUGGAGUGGACUGGUGCCCCACCGCAGCGAUGUCGUCCUGGUUCGGGGGCCUCGGCUCCGGCUUCGGUCAGUCCCUGGGUCAAGUAGGGGGCAGCCUGGCUUCCAUCACCGGCCAGAUCUCAAACUUCACCAAGGAUAUGCUGAUGGAGGGCACGGAGGAGGUGCCAGCAGAUUUGUCCAAUUUUGGGAGAGAGGAAAAUGAAGCUAUUUAUUCAGUCUUAAGAUCAGAGAAUGAAAGACUUAAAAAGCUUUAUACGGAUCUAGAGGAAAAGCAUGAAGCAUCAGAACUUCAAAUAAAGCAGCAAUCUUCAAGUUACCGAAGUCAGUUACAGAAGAAAGAGGAAGAAAUCAACCACCUUAAAUCGAGACAGACGGCACUACAGGAUGAGCUGCGCAGACUGCAGGCUGCUGCUCAGUUGGCACACUCAGCAUCUGGCAGUGCUCCAGUGGCCACUACCGCGUCUUCAUUCAGUUACGGGAUCAGUCAUGCAUCAGCCUUCCACGAGGAUGACAUGGACUUCGGAGAUGUAAUUUCAUCACAACAGGAAAUAAACAGAUUAUCAAAUGAAGUUUCAAGACUCGAAUCUGAACUUGGACAUUGGAAACAUAUUGCUCAGGUGCAGGGAACACAAAGCUCUGAACAAACUGAAAUCUGCAAACUGCAAAAUAUUAUUAAGGAACUUAAACAGAGCAGAAGUCAGGAUAUUGAUGACCAUCAGCACGAAAUGUCAGUGUUGCAGAAUGCACAUCAACAGAAACUGAUGGAGAUAAGUCGUCGACAUCGAGAGGAGCUAAGUGACUACGAAGAACGAAUUGAAGAACUGGAAAAUCUGUUACAGCAAGGUGGCUCAGGAGUUUCCGUAACUGAUCACUCUAAAAUGUAUGAGAUGCAAAACACUAUUCAAAUUUUACAGAUGGAAAAAGUAGAAUCUACCAAAAAAAUUGAAGAACUUGAAGAUAAAAUGAAAGAGAUAUAUAAAAGAUUGUCUUCUGCAGAGCACGACCGAGAGGUCUGGAAGAAAGAGCAAAAACGACUGGAAGAGGAGCACAAACAGAUGACUGAGCAGUGUGAACGCUUGAAGCUGGACUACGGCAAGUCACAGCCUCCUGCUCGGAGGCAGAGUGACAGCGCUGUGACAGAGGAGGAGAGGGUUCUCUCACAGAGUUCCUCAGCUGCUGAGGUCUUGAGAUUACAGCAAGCUUUGACUGAUGCUGAAAAUGAAAUAAUGAGACUAAGUAGUUUAAAACAGGAUAACAGUCUUGCUGAAGACAAUCAGAAACUUCAAAUGUGUGUCCAAAUUUUAGAAAACGAGAAGUCAUUAUUGAGUCAAGAAAAGGAAGAACUUCAGAUAUCACUUUCCAAACUGAGCAAUGAAUAUGAAGUCAUUAAAAGUACAGCUGCAAGGGACGUCGAUUUGUUUUCUCAAGUACGUGACUUGAAACUCAACUUGGAAGUGAAGGAACAAGAACUGAAUCAGAGUAUUCAUGAAAAUGAAAUACUCACGGCUGAGUUAGAAGAGCUGGACAAGGAGAACCAAGAGGCCACUAAGCGUGUGAUUUUGAUAAAAGACCAGCUAUCAAAACAACAAAGUGAAGGAGACAGUGUCAUCAAGAAACUGAAAGAGGAUCUAGAUGGCGAAAAGCAGAGAAUCCAUCAACUUGAGGAUGAUAAAAUGAAUGUUAUCAAAGAGUUAGACAUGCAGAAAGAAAAACUGACUCAUAGUGAACAGGCCCUAAGUGAUUUACAGUUAACCAAACAGAAGCUUGAAGAGAAAGUAGAAGAUUUAGUAGAUCAGCUGAACAAAUCAGAGAAAAACAAUUUCAACAUCCAGAAGGAGAACUGUGAACUGAGGGAACACAUCAGACAAAAUGAAGAGGAGCUCUCCGCAGUCAGAAAUGAGUUAACUCAAACUCAAGGCUCUAACAGUAAUUUGAAGGAUGACGUACUUAAAGAAAGGGAAACUGAAGUUCGAAACUUAAAGCAGAAUCUUUCAGAAAUAGAACAGAUCAAUGAGCAUUUAAAGCAAGUUGCUUUUGAUCUCAGAAUGGAAAAUGAAAAGUUGGUUGUAGCAUGUGAAGAUGUGAAAAAUCAGUUGGAAGAAUCUAUUUCUGGCAACAACCAGAUUUCUCUGGAAAAAACUGCCAUGCUGGAAUGGGAAAAGGCUCAGCUAGAAGCAGAAUUGUGUCAGGCUGAAAAGAGGCUGUUGGAAGAAACAAACAAGUACAAACAAGCUGUGGAGGAGCUGUCCAGCACACGCAGCUUGAAUACCUCUGCCUUACAGCUGGAACAUGAGCGCUUAAUUCAGCUCAACCAAGAAAAAGACUCUGAAAUAGCAGGGCUCAAAAAGAGUAUUGAGCAAAUGGAGGCUGAUCAUAAACAUACCAAGGAAACUUUGUCGGGUAGUUUAGAAGAGCAGAAACAGUUGACACAACUUAUAAAUGAGAAAGAAAUUUGUAUUGUGAAACUUAAAGAAAAAAGUUCAGAAUUGCAGAAUGAAUUAGACAAAUGUGUUCAGGCCUUAAGCAAAAAUGAGACUUUAAGGCAGACCAUAGAGGAAAAGGAUAGAUGUCUUGGAUAUAUGAAAGAAGAGAACAAUCACCUACAGGAACAGCUGGAGCGGCUCAGGGAGCAGCAGAGCCGGGCUGUGCCCGGGCCUGAGCCUAGAACUACUGACAGCACCGCAGAACUAGAGUCUGAGCUGUCUCGGUUGCAUAUAAUCAAGGAUCAUCUGGAAGAAGAAAUUAAACAGCACCAGAAGAUGAUUGAAGAUCAAAACCAGAAUAAGAUGCAACUACUCCAGUCUCUACAGGAGCAGAAGAAAGAAAUAGAUGAAUUCAAAUACCAGCAUGAACAAAUGAGUAUCACACACACCCAGCUUUUUUUAGAAAAAGAUGAAGAAAUUAAGAACUUGCAAAAAACAAUUGAACAAAUCAAAGCCCAGUUGCACGAAGAAAGGCGGGACAUUCAAACAGAUAAUUCUGAUAUUUUUCAGGAAACAAAAGUUGAGAACAUGAAUAUAGAAAAUGGAAGUGAAAAGCAUGAUCUAUCUAAAGCUGAAACAGAAAGGCUAGUGAAGGGGAUCAAAGAGCGCGAGCUGGAGAUUCAGCUUCUGAAUGAAAAGAACAUCUCUUUAACUAAACAGAUUGAUCAGCUGUCCAAAGAUGAGGUCGGCAAGCUCACUCAGAUUAUCCAGCAGAAAGACUUGGAGAUUCAAGCUCUUCAUGCCAGGAUCUCCUCAGCUUCCUAUUCUCAGGAUGUUGUUUACCUUCAACAGCAGCUGCAUGCCUAUGCUAUGGAAAGAGAGAAAGUAAUGGUUGUUUUGAAUGAAAAGACAAGGGAAAAUAGCCAGCUAAAAACAGAAUAUCACAGGAUGAUCGAUAUUAUCAGUGCCAAAGAAGCAGCCCUUCUUAAGUUGCAAGAUGAGAAUAAAAAAAUGUCCAGUCGAGUUGAAAGUAGUGGUCAAGAUAUGUUUAAAGAAACUAUUCAGAAUUUAUCCAGGAUCAUUCGAGAAAAAGACAUUGAAAUAGAUGCACUAAGUCAAAAGUGCCAGACCCUGCUGACAGUUCUGCAGACUUCUGGCAGCGGUAGCGAGGCUGGAGGAGUGAACAGUAACCAGUUUGAAGAGCUCUUACAGGAACGGGAUAAGCUAAAACAGCAAGUGAAGAAAAUGGAAGAGUGGAAGCAGCAGGUGAUGACCACCGUCCAGAAUAUGCAGCACGAGUCAGCCCAGCUGCAGGAGGAGCUUCACCAACUUCAGACACAAGUUUCGGUUGACAGUGAUAACAACUCUAAAUUACAAGUGGACUACACUGGCCUGAUCCAAAGCUAUGAGCAGAAUGAAACCAAGCUUAAGAAUUUUGGGCAGGAAUUGGCACAAGUUCAGCAUAGCAUAGGCCAGCUUUGCAAUACCAAGGACCUCCUGUUAGGAAAACUUGAUAUUAUGUCACCUCAGCUCACUUCUGGCUCUUCACUUCACUCUCAGUCAGCAGAGUCUCUUAAAGCAAGCCAGUCUUCUGGGCCACAUGAGUCUUCUCAGUUGCUUCAACAAGAAGUAGAUGAUCUGAGAAAAUCACUGCAGGAAAAAGACGCCACAAUUAGGACACUCCAGGAAAACAACCACAGACUGUCAGACUCCGUUGCUGCUUCCUCAGAGGUAGAAAGAAAAGAACACAAACAAACAGAUUCAGAAAUUAAACAGCUGAAGGAGAAACAAGAAGUUUUACAAAACUUACUUAAGGAAAAAGACCUCUUAAUCAAAGCCAAAAGUGACCAGUUACAUUCUUCAAAUGAAAAUUUCACUAACAAAGUGAAUGAAAAUGAGCUUUUGAGGCAGGCAGUGACAAAUUUGAAGGAGAGAAUAUUGAUUUUAGAAAUGGACAUUUGUAAAUUAAAAGGCGAAAAUGAAAAAAUAGUAGAAGCGUCCAGGGAGAAGGAAACCGAAUAUCAGGCAUUACAAGAGACCAACAUGAAAGUUUCCAUGGUGUUACGAGAAAAAGAGUUUGAAUGCCAUUCAAUGAGAGAGAAGGCACUUGCUUUUGAGCAACUAUUGAAAGAAAGAGAGCAGGGCAAGGCUGGGGAGUUAAAUCAACUUUUAAAUGCAGUUAAAUCAAUGCAGGAGAAGACAGUUACUUUUCAACAGGAGAGAGACCAAGUUAUGUUGGCCCUGAAACAGAAGCAAAUGGAAAACAGUACCCUGCAGAAUGAGGUUCAACGCUUACAUGACAAAGAAACCCGGUUAAACCAAGAACUACAGAGACUGCGUGACCAUCUCUUAGAGUCAGAAGAUUCUCAUACCCGGGAAGCUCUGGCUGCAGAAGAUAGAGAGGCUAAACUGAGGAAGAAGGUCACAAUGCUGGAGGAAAAGCUAGUUUCAUCCUCUAAUGCAAUGGAAAAUGCAAGCCAUCAAGCUAGUAUGCAAGUAGAGUCAUUGCAAGAACAGUUGAACAUGGUCUCCAAGCAAAGGGAUGAGACUGCAGCACAGCUUUCUGUGUCUCAGGAACAAGUAAAGCAGUAUGCUCUGUCAUUAGCCAACCUGCAGAUGGUUCUCGAACACUUCCAGCAAGAGGAAAAAGCAAUGUAUUCUGCUGAGUUAGAAAAGCAAAAUCAGCUCUUAGCUGAAUGGAAGAAAAAGGCAGAGAGUCUGGAAGGAAAAGUGUUAUCACUGCAGGAACAUUUGGAUGACGCUAAUGCUGCACUGGAUUCAGCAUCAAGACUUACAGAGCAGUUAGAUCUAAAAGAAGAACAAAUAGAAGAACUUAAAAAGCAAAAUGAACUCCACCAAGAGAUGUUGGAUGACGCACAGAAGAAAUUGAUGAACUUAGUGAACAGCUCGGAAGGAAAAGUGGACAAAGUCCUCAUGAGAAACCUCUUCAUUGGUCAUUUCCACACACCUAAGAAUAAGCGUCAUGAAGUGCUUCGACUAAUGGGGAGCGUCCUGGGUGUUAAUAAAGAGGAAAUGGAGCAGUUGCUUGCUGAAGAUCAAGGAGGUGUUACUCGGUGGAUGACUGGAUGGCUUGGAGGAGGCUCAAAAAGUGUGCCCAAUACACCUUUGAGACCACACCAGCAGUCUGUGUUUAACAGUUCCUUUUCAGAACUCUUCGUUAAAUUUCUGGAAACAGAAUCACAUCCAUCUGUCCCACCCCCAAAGCUGUCAGUCCCUGACCUGAAGCCUCUAGACUCUCCAGGAAGAAAGAAAGUUGACACAGGCGUAUCUGAAAGCUUCAGAGAUGUAGCAGAAUCCAGGGCAGGAAGAAGAACAGAUCUCAACCCAUUCUUGGCCCCUCGCUCAGCGGCUGUGCCGCUUACUAGCCCGGCGGGGCCUGGCGGGCCUGGGCAUCUUCUUUUGAAACCCAUCUCGGAUGUUCUACCCACGUUUACACCUUUGCCAGUGUCGCCUGGCGACAGUGCUGGCGUUGUAUUAAAAGACCUUCUAAAGCAAUAGUUGGCUUUCGAGCCAGAGACUGUGUAGCACUUUAAGGAAACCAUGAACACUGUAUGUGUAAACUUUACCACAAAGUGGCCUUCUGGAAAGAGUCAUGUAUUUGUCUAUAGUUGUAAUUUCUCUGUUAAUAAAAAUAUUCUUAAUGCUUUUAGAAACUGCAGGUGUCAAAAGAGCAAGGAUCUGCUAUCUAAUCUGCCUUUUUCACUUUAUGAUUUUCUGUACUUUACCUACUUUGAAAUAGAAGCAUUUGGUUUACUUUUAAUUUACAAAACUCUAAAAAGGACAGGCAGGAAUAGUAGUAACUGUGUCUGCUUUUAUCUCCCCAGAUUUUCAAGCUCAUUUAACUGUAGGGACAAGUGGUUCAUCUUUUAAUUAUCUUUAUCCCCCUCCUCCUGAAAACAUCUCUGACUAGAACAGCAAAUACUCUGCGCAUUCACUGAUCACCUGUAGAGGGCCUCGUGUAGGGAGAGAACAGAGAGCGAAGCUGUUCCUGGAAGGUUACGGCUUCCCUGAGGCACAGGAGGGAUUUGCUUCUAUGCAAUUUUAUCAUGUGUGUAGAUUCACGUGACCGUCACUGUCAAGGUCCAACUUUUCAUCAAAAGGAUCCCCUGAGCUGCCUUUUUGUAACCCUUGCUGCCUCCCUUACUCCCUGACAACCACUAACUGUCACCCUCUAAAAUUUUGUUAUUUGGUAAAUGCUGUUUAAAUGAAAUCAUAUGUUAUGUAACCUCUUGAAAUGGGUGUUUUUCACUUAGCAUAAUUCCCUUGAGAUCCAUCCAAGUUGUUUCAUGGGUCAGUAGUUUGUUUCUUUUUUAUUGUGGAGUACAUGCUGUGAGUAACUAAAUGGUAUUUAGUUUCAAGAGCUGAACAGUCUUUUUUAAAGUAUCACCUAAAACUACAGGUUUCUAGCUGGGCCUGGUGGCACAGGGUUAGUCCCAGUGCUUGGGAGGCAGAGCAAGAGGAUUGCUUAAGAGUUGGAGGCCAGCCUGGUCUACACAGUGAGUUUUAGGCUCGCCAGAGAACAACCAUAGUGAGCCCCUUCCUCAAAACAGACACCAACAUCCACAAAAACAAGCAAUUGAAAACCGUCAGGUUUCCUUGCACAAAUGCCCAAAUGCGUGUAACUAACUCAUGUAAGAGUAAACUGGAGGGCUGGAUCCACGUGAACCUUAGACCACUGUUAGCAAUAUCCUGGGACUGUCAUGUCCUGCCUCUGUGAGCCUCAUCGUGUGGGCCAAGGCCUCCAGGCUUAUCAUGGUGGCCACGUCAGCACACUAGCCCCAGGUGUUUGGAACUUAGUGCAAGUAUUUCUGUACUUUCCUACAAGCUGUUACCCGGACUCCGCUUCUGUUGUUUCAGGAUGUCCAUAUUUGUAUUAGUUGAUGGCGUUGCACAUUUAAAAGUAAUUUCUUGCUUAUUUUGUAAAUUCAGAUAAGCCUGUAAGACAGAAAAGCCUAUAUAGCAAGGAAGGGUGGAAAUGAGACUAAUUCAAAAGUGUCAGCAGUCCUGGAACCUGUCAGAGCUGAGCUGGGCUGCUUGUAAACUCAUCUGUGGUAAACUGUAUUUCUAAGGUGUUCGGAAGACUGGUGGUUUUAAUGAUGUGUUUUGAUGUUUCAAAUACCUUUUUCUGAAGGAUCCACUGAGAUAAUGCUGCUUCCUGAUGUCACCUGAGUCCUUAACUUAACUCAGUUAUCCUCGCUUCUCUGCCGCGUGUGGGAAAGGGUUACCAGCAGUUAUUAAUAGAAAUGUUAGGCUGCCCCCGCCAGUCUGGCCAGUGUUGCAGAUGCCCCUCAGCUUACAGUGGGCUCACAGCCCACUGACCACAUCAUAAUAAAAAACGUCUUGAGCUGUCAGUCGGCCUGGCUUAACUCGGCUGCUUCCCCUCAGGACCGCUGACCAGGAGCGGCAAGCUCCCGCUGCUGCCCGGCAUUGAGAAAAGAGAAAUUGUAAUAAGAAGCACAAUUUCUGCUGGAUGUGUAUUAUUUUGGCAAACCUCAACACUGAAACAGAGUUAAGCCAUUGUCAGUUGAGGGUCUGCUGAUACAGGUUUUUUAUGUUUUUUAGAAAGCUGUUCUCCCACAUUAGCCUGGAUCACUUAGUGCUAGCCAGGGAACUUUAAGUUCUGCAGAAAGCAGCUGAAAGACUAGUUUUUACACUAAGGAGAAAAGAGAAGAUGGAAACUGUUUUCUUUUAAAAAAGAGGCACAUGGUGGCCAUUUAAGCAAUGUGCUUUAUAUUUAAAUAACUUUCAUGACAUUUGAAGUUCCCUGACCAAAACAACCUGCCCUCCCCCACCAUUUUAUGUAACCUAAGUUUGAAAGCUGUUGGGGGGGGGGUGGAUUCUACAGCCAGGCAUCAAAGAUCACGGCAUCACAUGGCUGCUGUUGAAGUAGAUGACCUUGUCUGAAAGCUGUAGUACCUAAUGUCUCUCUGUGUGCAUUCUAAGUGGUCAUUGAUCUAAACCAGAUCAGCUUUUCUGAAGCUAGUUGUGUCAGAGAUGAACCAUGUGCUCAAGAAACUUCUUAGCAGAGAUGGAGAAGCACGCGCAUUCAGUGCUUCCAACGGGACACGGCUAUGGUUCUAGCAUGGUAACUGCAGAAUGGCUGCUUGGGGUAGCUGCAAGCACCUCGUGGAAUUUGUGGUUGGAUUCUGCAUGAAAACCACAGUUCCUCACAACAUUCCUAACGGUUUUCGAGUACAACGAAAUCCACUGGUGUCGAUUGGCCGGGAUCGCCAGCAUGUGCUUCUGUGAGUGAGUCUUACUUCCUAGCGUUCCUGUUUGUUUUUUAAAGGGGGAAAGACCAAAGCACAUAGGCAAAAAGAUGGCAUGCAGUGAGCCAGCUGAACCUCGAGUAUCAUCCAAGAAGAGCCUUCAGUUCCUUGAAGCUUCCAAAGGAAUCAAGACCAUGGACAUGCUUACCCGUCGGCUACGGGAAGAGGGGCCGGCCCAGGCGAUGAGGUGAAAACCACAGAGAGUGCCGCAUUUGAACUGGAUUUUUUAAAGAGAUUUUCAUAUAUCACAGCAUUUAAAUCAACAAAAAUUUCUAUUCUGUAAAUAUCAGUUAAGUUAGGUAAUAUUUAUUUUAUAUAUUCUGGGAAAAUGAUGAUCAUUGUAGCGUUGACAUUUGUGAUGAUUUGCCAGUCUUUACAUCUUAACUUAUUAUGAUUUAAUUACUUAAAAUUGACACGUCUUAAUUUAUAGGAAAAUAACUAGGUGUGAAAAAUUUUCAGCUGUACCAUAAGAUUUGGUUAUGUUUUAUAUAGAGCUAAAGCCAAUGCACUCCUGAAUUUCUCAGGAGCAUUGCAAGGCAAAAAUAACCCUCCAAAUAAAAGUGAUAUAAAUUGUCUGUCUUCAUCCACAAUAAAAACACUUGCAAAACUGC